AUGAAGAAGUUUGAUAACGAGGAUAAUGGUGGCGAUGACGAUGACGAUGAUAACGAUGAAGAUGACGAUGACGAUGAUGAUGAAGAUGAUGACGAUGAUGAUGAUGAUGAUGAAGAUGAUGAUGAUGAUAUGGAUGGUGAUGAUGACGAUGGUAUCCAUGACGAUGAUCCUGAUAACGAUGAUGAUGAUGAUGUAGAUGAUGAUGAUGAUGAUGAUGACGAUGAUGAGCAUGAAGAUGAUGAUGAAGAUGAUGACAAUGAUGAGGAUAAUGAAGAUUUUGACGAUGAUGACGACGAGGAUGAUAAAGAUGAUGAUGUUGAUGAUGAUGAUGAUGAUGAUGAUGAUGAUGAUGAUGAUGAUGAU